AUGGUCAGUCAGGCAGCCAUGCGAGGCCAGCGUGUGGUGGAGAGCGUGUGCAGGUGCUGGAACCCGGCCGUCUGGCUCCUGGUGUCCCUGCUGGGAUCCCUCGUCCUGGUGGCCGUCAGCGCUCUGCUGCGACUCGGAGACAUGAAAGUAAGCAGACGAGCUGUAUCCACCAAUGGCGAGCAGAGCCCAGCGACGACGCUGUAUCAAGUACGACUGGUGAAUGGGCGUAACAGGUGUGAGGGCAGAGUGGAGGUGCGCUACAACGACUCAUGGGGCACAGUGUGCGACGACGACUGGGACAUGGUGGACGCCAACGUGGUUUGUCAGCAGCUGGAGUGCGGCAUGGCCGCAGCAAUGGGAACCAGCUCUUCAUUUGGACAAGGCACAGGGCCCAUCAUGUUGGACAAUGUGGACUGCAGAGGAAACGAAACAAACCUCAGCCAAUGCAGGAGUCAGGGCUGGGGCAUCCACAACUGUUACCACUAUGAGGAUGUGGGUGUUACCUGCAAAGACAAGGCGGCGGUGGGGUCUAGAGGCUUUGAGGAUCGCACCACUCCACCCCGGGAGAGCACUGGUUUACGAGAUGGUGCCAUCCGCCUGACGAACGGACAGGACAGCUGCCAGGGCCGGGUCGAGAUCCACUACCAUGGAAAAUGGGGGACAGUGUGUGAUGAUGACUGGAACCUCAGUAAUGCCUGGGUGGUGUGCCAGCAGCUCGGUUGCGGCAGCGCCAUGCAAGCGCACACCAACUCCUACUUUGGCUACGGUACCGGCUUGAUUCUCCUGGACAAUGUCCACUGCUACGGCAGUGAACCGGACCUGACGAAAUGCAAAAGCCUGGGCUGGGGCAAACACAACUGUGGCCACCAUGAGGACGCUGGGGUCACCUGCUCCGGGUCCACUACUGCACCACCUUUAACAACGGAAAACCAGAGAGGGUCCCUGGGAACAGCAAACACUCAAGUUCCAGUCACGGAGUCAACAAGUACAACAACAACGACAACAACAACAACUAUUGCCACGACUGCCCAGACAAAAAACAAACCGUCUAUUCGUGUGAUGAAUGGGAACAGUAGCUGCCAGGGUCGUGUGGAGGUUCUCUACAAAAAUGUUUGGGGGACGGUGUGUGACGAUGACUGGAACAUGCCCAAUGCAGUAGUGGUGUGUCAGCAGCUUGGCUGUGGCCCGGCAAUUGCAGCCAAGAACCAGGCCUAUUUCGGCUACGGUUCGGGUCCGAUCCUGCUGGAUAAUGUGGAAUGUAGCGGUGAAGAAGCUGAGCUGUCCAGCUGCUUCCAUCUGGGCUGGGGUCAGCACAACUGUGGCCAUCAUGAAGACGCGGGAGUUAUCUGUCUACCCUAUGAAUUCAAAUUUGCCAACACGCGUGACUUUGGAGUAACAGAAACAGCCCCCACUACCACCCCACCACCCUCCGAUGGAAUGGUGAGAUUGGUGGAUGGUCAGCACCAAUGUGAGGGUCGAGUGGAGAUGUACCUAAACUCUGAAUGGGGCACAGUGUGCGACGACGCCUGGGACCUGCCUGACGCCCAGGUCGUGUGUCGGCAAGUGGGCUGCGGAGAUGCCACGGUGGCUCGGCUAGAAGCGUUCUUCGGGCCCGGCACGGGAAUGAUCCAUCUGGAUAAUCUCAAGUGCAAUGGUGCUGAAGCCUCCCUGCAGGAUUGCUCCCAUAUAUCCUGGAAUGUGCACAACUGUGACCACUUUGAAGAUGCUGGCGUCACCUGCUCACUGUCAUGA